AUGUCGCUGUUCAAAGCGAGAGAUUGGUGGGCAACUUACGCUGGUAGCGACGAGGAAUUUGAUUUGGGUUGCUUGUGUGUGGCAAAUAUUGAUAAUAAUGCUUCAGAAUUUGGUAAGUUUGCGAAGGAUCUAUUCACUGCAAGCAUCUCCAAGUGUCCGGUGAUUUUAUGGGUUUCCAUCGCAAGAACUGGAAGUCGCGAACUACAAAAAAUCGAAUGGAGCUUUUCUUUUUCAUCGUUUAAGACUCAGAGGAACUUCAUGUGUUAGCGAUUGCCAUGCUUAAUUAUAUAAAUUUUUCGUUUAACGAAACAUUUUCGGUUAGUUUUCCAGGACUUAGUACCAUUAUUGCGAAUAACGUGACUUCAGGAUUGACAUUAUUAUCUAAAAUUUCAAGUCGAGGUCUAGUCUUGUUGCUAACGAGCUCUCUUUGUUAUUGUUUAUGAUAUCUAUGGCCAAAACUGUUAAUAUGUUUUGAAGUGUUAUAGAAAAAAAAUUAUUCGUCUUGUUAAGCUUUUUCUCGGAUUUGCUAGGGAAAAAUCUUGACUUAUUUCUUGACUUGCAGUUGCGAACUGAAAAAUUUUUAGCAAUAGAUAAAAAUGAUAUUCAAGUUAGACAACUGAAUUCUUAUUUAUUUUUUUUUGUUGCAGAUAAAAUUAUAGUAGGAAGCUAUCAUGGAAUACUUCGAAUUUAUUGCCCAAAGCCCCCAAAUUUUAAGCCUGAUGACCUUAUGCUAGAGGUCCAACUUCAGCAACCCAUAUUGCAAGUGGAAGCUGGGAGAUUUGUUUCGUAAGUAGUUAAUUGUUUUUUGUGACUGUAAAGCCUGGUGUCCAUAUGAUCAUCCAGAUUACCUUAGUCAUUUCAAAAAAUGUUCGGGCGAUUGGGACGAUGAUAUGGAAACAUUUCUCAGAUGAUCGCGAAAGACCCAGAUGACUGAGACUACCUCGAUCGUUUGGAUAGAAUUGAGUUCUACCUGGAAAAUUGGGAUGAUCGUGUAAAUUUGAGGUGAUCAUAAUAGAAACAUUCUCAGAUGACUGAGGUGAUACGAAUAUUGUAAAAUGCUAUCCCAGAAAUCUUCACUCUUAUCCCAGUAAUCAGGGAGAAAUAUUAGGCCUGGACACCACUGAAGCCAAACAUUGUUUAUAAACAAUCACAUGAACUUCGUCAUGUUUUUGCCCGGCUACUCUGACAGGCUAUUCCCUUGUUGCUUGAGUAAAAGAUGGACCUACUUCUGCAAUAAAGCUAACUACAUGUACUAAUCAUUCUGGCAUUCUGUCUGCUUUCAGAGGAAUUGAUCAACUUCAUUUAGCUGUUCUUCAUCCAAAGAAGCUUGCUGUUUACAGUGUUUCAGGUAAGUUGGAAAAAAUCAGACGAGUAAGGAGUGAAGUUCAAGAUCUUCCUUCUUUAAUAGCUAGUUUAUCAAGUUUAUGAAUAACAUCUUUUUAUGUGUCUUCAUUUCCUGUGAACUCGAAUUAAUUGAUGGCUGGUCACCAGGUUGAAAUUGAUAUUAUCGUGUGGACAUGUUUCUUUUAGAGAGGUUAAGCAUCAAGUUCACGGCAAAUGGCAAACGCCAAUUUAUACCACGUGAACAAGUUUCCCCAUUACUUGUCUAUGGGGCGCCGUUUGUAAAAAAAAUGAUUUAGCAUAAUUUUGUCAUUUUUUUCGUUAUUUAUUAAAUAAAGUUUUCUGAUAUGAUAUCAUACGUCAAUGAUUUGAUAUAAUAAAUGUUGAUUUCAAAUCAUGCGUUUAUGAUUUGAUAUAAUAAAUUAUUAUUUCAAAUCAUGCGUUUAUGAUUUGAUAUAAUAAAUUCUGAUUUCAAAUCAUACCUUUAUGAUUUGAUAUAAUAAAUUAUUUUUUCAAAUCAUACCUUUAUGAUUUGAUAUAAUAAAUAUUGAUUUCAAAUCAUAAGUUUAUGAUUUGAUAUAAUAAAUCCUGAUUUCAAAUCAUAAGUUUAUGAUUUGAUAUAAUAAAUUCUGAUUUCAAAUCAUUCGUUUAUGAUUUGAUAUAGUAAAUCCUGAUUUCAAAUCAUAAGUUUAUGAUUUCAUACAAUAAGUUCUGAUUUUAAAUCAUAAGUUUAUGAUUUGAUAUAAUAAAUCCUGAUUUCAAAUCAUAAGUAUAUGAUUUCAUAUAAUGAAAAUCAUUAUUUGAUAUCAGUAAAACCAUGAUUUAACUUAAUAAGUAAUAAGUAACCGCGUGACUUGGCACGUGGGUUAUUAGCGCGGGAAUAAUCGCAAAGAUGGCGACACAACCGGAUGAGCUAUCGAGGUCAAUCGCUUCUGCGGUCUCUAGAGCCGUAGAAAGGGCGGUUGACGAAGCUUUGGCAUCUCUUCCGAGCCUUCCUGGCAAUUCAGGUUUUGCUCCUGCGACACAAGAGGUAUGUAACAUUGAUGUAUCACUGCUAAAGCAUCCCAGUCGCUGCCGGGGUGAUGACCUGUGUGUCGAUGUGAUUAACAAAAACAUCAUUAUUGAUGUCUUCCAAGCGCCUCAUCUAUUUCUUACAUGUUGCACUGCAUCAUUAGUUAAGGGGAUUGCAUGUUAAGCGGAAAGCUAUGACUAUAUUUACGAGGGAAAGAGGACUUUUGGACCUUUCGCUUGUCUGGCGCAUUGCGUGACACAUGCGGCUCAUGGUUAAUACUAUGUUAGUUAAAUUAGAUGUGUUUGCUUCCUUUUUUUAUGUCCUUUUGGUAGCCAUACUAAAAUAACAUACAGUGCAUGAUUGUUUUUAUUUCACAAAGUAAGGCGAGAAACUGAUUUACCUGUCCGACUGGUGGAAAAAUUUACAUGGUAGAAAAAUUAAUUGAAUGAAUUUGAUAAUUCAUCUGUCAUUCAGCAAGAAGAAGCAGUAAGAACCUCGCAAGAUGUGGAAAAUGACGUGGACCAAAUGCCAAGGUAAGUGUGUAUUUCAAAUUUAAUGUUAGUGUUCCUUGAUCCUAAUAAGCCUUUCUUGUAUGUCUCUAAACUUGAAUGUAGUCUAACAUUCUCUAAAAAAACAGUUGCUUCAAUCAAAGGCCCUUUGUACAAGCAGGUAGGGUAAUCAUAGUUCUAGGAUUUCCCCCGCAAGAGGGUAAAAGAUAGCCCGCGUUUACAAGCAAUCUUUCAGAUAUCUGGCUCGUUACGCUUCAGUUAACCUGGUAAAUAAAACACGCAAUCCGUAAUGAUUUUAUUGCCAGAACUUAUUUUCACCUAAAUUACGUAGUUUUGGUUCCACUCAAAUCAUUUCAUUUUCUAAGCUCACUUAGAAUUCCAGACACACAACCUAGUUAUUUUGUUUUAGUUUUGCAUGAAUUUGACGGCAAAACUAUAAACACUUCCCCGACAAAAUUAUUGCGAAAAUUUUGUCCCAAAUUAAAAACCUGUUAUUUGAAUUUUUUUCUAUCCAAAGCAAAACUAAAACAAACUGUUCACUUAUACGAUGUUUCUAAAGUCACAAUUCCUUUGUUUUACCGGUAUUUCUAGCGCUCACCUAAGGCUACCCUAGCGCAAGGGUAACCCUACCUACCUUGUAAACACGUCUGUCACAAAAAAGAAGCGUGGGAGUGCUAGGGUAACCCUCUUGCUAGGGUAACCCUAGCACUAGGGUUAGCCCUACCUCUUGUGAACAGGGCCUAAGGGAGGGACCCUUAAAAAUCGUUGACUAGCACAUGAACUGUUCGCCUUGCAAGUUGUAAAAAAAUCGACAUUUCUUUGGUGUCAGAUCUCCUUUCUUGCCCUUCCCUUUCCCACCCCACCCUCGUCAUAUGUAUCCUGUACCCGUCUUAGGCCAGAAAUGGUCGGCCGAGGAGUACUUGAGGUAUACAUCAAUGGGGGUUCUACUGACAUUACGUUAACUUCUUGCAGAUCCAAAGGGAGGCCAAGAACAGCCAUCGGCAAAGAGCAGUUGGAAGCAUUCUUAAAAUUAAAAAUUCCUCUAUCAGACAUUGCCAGUGCUUUACAUGUCUCUAGACCUACCGUAUAUAAAGCUAUCCGCGAUUACAACAUUAACUACAAGCGGUUUUCAGAUGCCAGUGAGGCUGAGAUUCGUCAAGCAGUCGAAGUCAUUUCGAGAAGCCAUCCGAAUGCUGGAGAAUCGAUGGUUAUGGGUCAUCUGAGGGCUCGCGGUUUCCACGUUCAAAGAUCAAGAGUUAGGAGUGCUAUACACCACAACAACCCAAACGGUCCCAUGUCACGUUUUCAUCCUCCUAUAAGAAGACGCGUUUACUCGGUGCCAUGCCCGAAUUAUGUGUGGCACAUCGACGGAAACCACAAGCUGGUACGAUGGCGAAUGGUGUUGCAUCAUGCCGUUGACGGAUAUAGCCGGCUCGUAGUUUUUGGUGCCUGCUCCACGAACAACAGAGCAAGCACUGUGCUUCAAUUGUAUCAUCAGGCUGUGCGAAAGUAUGGACGUCCCUUUCGUGUGAGAACGGACCACGGCGGAGAAAAUGUGGACGUAUGGCGUGAUAUGAUUCAAGCCUGGGGAGAAGAGGCAAGGUCUGUGAUAGUAGGAAGCUCGGUUCACAACCAGCGCGUUGAACGCCACAACCGAGCUGCCAAUGAGCAAGAAUUGUCUGUUUUUAGAGAAGAGUUCUAUCAACUAGAAAGUGAGGGGCUUCUCGAUCCGCUUAAUGAAACGGACCUUUUUUGUUUGCAUUACGUAUAUCUUCCAAGGAUAAACAGGAGUAUCAGCGAAUUCAUCGCAGCACAUAACAACCACGCCGUUUCCACAGAAAACAAUCAAACUCCUGCUCAGAUGUUUUAUCUUAACCUACCCCUCACCGCGUUCCAUGGGGGAUUUCCCGAGGACAUCACAUGGCGAGGAGUCAGUGUUAAUGAUUUGAUGUCCCCAGAUUUACCUCAUGUCCAAGUUCCCGAGACACGAAAUCCUUUAACUGAGGCGGAUACAGUGGUUCUGCGGAAUACUAUAGAUCCACUGUCCACCAUUAAUGGGAAAGAAUUGUACAUUCAAACACUGCGUUUCGUCGGGAUACGCCUACAACAGAAUUGAGCUGUGUCCUAGCGUAACGCCUUUAAAGACACCGUUGGUGAUUCAUACCUUGUUUAUGCGCCAUGUAUAAGUAAAGAAGUGACACGGGAGUUUUGUUGUAGUUCAUAAGUUAUCUAUUAAGUAGACGUUUGGAACUUUUGCUACUGACGAGUCCAGCACUGAUUUAAACUUUAAUUCAAAUUUAUUAUAUACCUUGUGACCAUUAAUAUGCGUCUACGUGGAUUUUCUGGAUGUUCUGUUAUUAGAGAACUGGAACCUAACAUUUUCAAAUAAGGAUAUUGCCUUGUGAACGUUACAGUUAUUAUAAGUAAAGCUAUGCAAAUCGCGGACAUUAUUCCGUCGCUUAGCCGUAUUCCAGCUUAUCACGUGACAAUCCUCAAAACAUUUUGGAGAGGAACGUCAAGAAUUUAACAACUAAAUAGCGGCUACAAAGGAGACUAUUUGUGUGGCGAAUUUUACUUGAACGAAAAAUAGUAUCACUGGCAAUGUGUAGUACUUGUAACUAUCAUCGCUAUUUUUCAUGUACUCCGUAUAACAUUGUGCAAUUAUUGUCUCUUCAAAUUACUUGCUCUGAGUGACAAAUUCAUUGUCAAAAGAGUAUAAAUACUGAACUGGAACAAAGAUUAAAUAUUGCAAUAUGUAUCAACGGGUUUAAUAACCUUUUAAACAUCAAAUUUUAGACUUAGUAAUCUAUCAUUAAUUUUGACCUUGAAUAUCAGGACUCAUGUAAAACUGAAUCCUUUUGAUCCAAACUUUAAAGCUAUGUCCAUGUUUUUUCUAAAUUCAUCGUAAGUUGAGUGCUCUGUUGGAAGUACAAUAGUUCUGAAACAAGUUUCAGCUAGGGGCAAUGUGCUUGACCCAGCAUCAAAUUUAACUAGUACUGAAUCAUUUCCAGUUGGGAGUGUACUUGCACCAGUCCAAAAGUUUACCAGAUCCACCAUCUGAGGUCCACCUUGAAGAAAAGUAAGAAGGAAAGUUCAUUUGUUAAGGAUUUCUUAUUUUCAGUUUGAAGUUUGAGAUGGGCUAAGGGGGAAUGGAUUGGGUUUGGCAUAAAUGUAAUUUAAUACAGCCGGGUUUUUGUAUAUUUCAUUUUAAAAACCAACUGAAACAUAUAAUAACUGAAAAACUACGAAACGUAAUAAAUUUUAAAAUUGGAUUCAUUACUGUACUAAGCAAUAAAUUUUGGCAAUGGUACUUAGUUAUAGCAAAUUAAAGAAAAGCAAGUAUUUGUGUCUCAGGAUAACGUUGAGAUGCGUGUAGGAAAAGUACAUUAUCUGAUAGAUUGUUUUGAUAUCUAUCUAACCUUUCACUCCUGCUUCCAGUUCAUCAAUAUAGAAUUCAUAAAACCGUGCAGUUCUUUCAUUCUGCUCACUGUCCCUUCUGUCUUCAAAGGUCAUCAACUCUUUAACUUCUUCUGCAAGGAUGACCUUAUCUGACUCACAGGGGAAUACAACCUUCAUAAGGGAUGGGCUUCUUCUCAAGAAGCUAAUAAGUGAAACUUCCUCCAUGCCUAGGAGAUAACAAUAAUUUACUAAAUCUCAAACCUUAAAAUUUUACCAAACUAUCAUUAGUAGACACCCAGCAUCUUCUACUGGAAAUAUGUGCAUCUGAUUGGUUCACCCAUUAUUGUGUAUUCUCCGACAGAACAUAAUUGCACACACUAUUCCUGGUUCUUGACCUAAAAAUACAUCCGUCCGAUUUUUCAAAAACAUUUAAACCCCUCCAUUAUUUUACCUUGUGUGUUUUUUAAGGGGUGGGGAGGCUUUCCUAAUGGCGGCAGCUUGUAGAGCUUACCUAGCAUGAAAUGUAGAGAACUUCUUGCUGUUAUCUAUUUUUCAAUAUUUUUAUUUCUCAUCCUGGUUUUCUGUGAGCGAUAAUUAACUUGGCGCACCUUGUUGACUGUUCAUUGUAUCAGUGUCAUUUACCUGACUCUAAUGAUUCCACCUUCUGUUCAAAACCAUGAAAAAUAAUCGUAAUUAAAGACAACUUAUUACCUUGUGCUAAAUCAUCCAGUUCUAAAUGUCUUUUAUCUAUGACAUGGAAAACCAUUAAUCCAUCCAAAAGGAAUUUUCGGUUACCAUACAAGUUGUCUGGAUCUAAGCCUGCCUCAAAUAGGUAUGGUUCUAUAGAGAAUCGUGCUUCUGGGGUUGGGUUCUGAUCCUUGGGCAGGGAAUCCAGCUAUAAAAAUAAAUUUUACAAAGUAAAAUAAAAAACAUCUUUGUCAACAUCUUUCUAAAGGAGCCUUUAUAUUUGGCUGGUUAAUGCGUUAAAUCACGGUUAAUUAAUGUUAAUAAUAGUAAUAAUAAUUAUGGUAACAUUAAUAUUGGUAAUAACAGCUUUAAAUAAGGAAUUUAUCAGAAGUUGGCUAUGCAGUAAAGCACCCAACUUGAGAAUAAAUAAUUUAUGGAAAAAUAAUUUGCAUAACCAUAAAAAUUAUAAUGUGACUGACAUGUCUACUUAGGGUGUUUUUAGCGAUGUUUUAGUACUGUUUUUGUUUAUGUUAGAUUCUACAGGAGGUUACGUUAUCUAUGAUUCAUAAAACCAAUUGGACCUCUGCCCCUCUCCUCCACGUUUCAAUUGUAGUAAGCAAAGGGAAAAGGCACUAGCAAUGCAAAGGCAAUGAUAAUUUUUCAACUCAGGAGGCCACCUAAUAAAAUGCAUCAUUUAGUGUUACAAAACGCGUCAAAAAUGCCUACAAAAAACUACUGUUUUCGUUAGCAACAGCUCCACAAUCCAACUAACCUCUGAUAUCAUAUUUCGCAAAUCUAUGUCAGCAAUAUCUGCCAGUUCAAUGGGUGGUGGCAGUUGAUCAUCAAACCCCCCUCUUCCUGUUGAAAGGUAAUGUUUUGCUGCUGGUGAUAGACCAUGCAGUCCUGGGCCACCAUGCAAAAUGGAAUGGCCAAUCAUCUUCCCCAGUGCCUUAAAUGCUCCCGUAAGACGAAGAGCUUGGUCAUGAAUCGGAAGACGAUGGUCCGCCUCACCUUCCAAGAAGACAACUGGCUUGCCGCAUGAAGAAUGGAUUCCUUCAUCUAUGAUCUUAAUUGCAUUCACAAAAAACUCUCGAACUGGCCCACACCCCACACCAUCUUCACCCUCAAAGCGCACCCUUGGGUUUACAUUUAGCUUUGUUUUGGGAUUCUUGUAAAUCCCCAUGAUGUCUCCCCGCAGCUCAUUGAUACCAUCCAUUCGACUGACAGUAAUACGUUGAGCUGGCUGAUCGUGUUCUAUAAUUUCUUCUUGAAACCGUUGUAGGGCAACAGCUGCUGACAAGUUUUCACAGUCAUCUGAUCCUUUGGGACCAAGAUCAUCGCUGUCCAAGGAACACAGACCAGUAAGACUCGUGGCUCCUGUUGGUUAAAGAGAGUUUGAAAGAGAAAUGAUAAGAAAAUGUUGAUAACUGAAGUGUAAUUAACAUACUUUUGCUGGGAACCAAUGGACUCCGGAAAGUAUAUAAUAUGCAGUAAAAACAUUACCUAGAAGCUGCUGUGCAGCCUCAUCAGCAUUACCAUUGGAUACAGCUAGGGCACUCUGUAUUUCAGACAAACUUGCACUUGGGCAUAUUUCUUGCAGCGCGUGCACACUUAAACUAUUAACUGCACCAGGCAAUUCAGAGGGCUGUGCUGUUCCGCUCGUACUAGGCAAACUUAAAAAGAAUAUUCAAAAUUGAUCAAUACCACUUUGAACAGCAAGGUCAUACAUCUGGGAAAUUGAUAUAUUACGUUUGCUCUCGAAAACUUUAUAAGUGUAACGCAUAUAUGAAGAUAUGAUUGAUCAUCUCAGUUAUGCACACAACUUAAGCAGUUGUGAAAUUAAAGCCCUAGAAACAUCCAGGCCUGAACGGGAUUUGAACCCAUGACCUCUGCCAUACCCGUGCAGUGCUCUACCAACUGAGCUAUCAAGUCAACUGGGAGCUGGCCUCGUUGUGAGUUUGUAAUAUACCCAUAGAAGGUGACGAAUACAAGUGAAUAUAUGAAAGCUCAUAUAUUUGAACUGCGGGGCAUAAUAUGCAGAUAUGAUUGAUCAUCGCAGUGAUGCACACAACUUAAGCAGUUGUGAAAUUACAGCCUGAAAAAAAAAAUACAGGCCUGAACAGGAUUUGAACCCAUGACCUCUGCGAUACCAGUGCAAUGCUCUACCGACUGAGCCAUCAAGCUAACUGGGAGCUGGCCACUUUGAGAGUUCGUAAUAUACCCGUAGAAGGUAUAUCAUUCUCCGCAGUUCAAAUAUAUGAGCUUUCAUAUAUUCACAUCUCAAGUAGUUUAAAGCCUGGGUCAAAGGCUUUUACUGGUGACAAUAAUUUAUUAGUUAUAUUUCUAAAGGUAUAAAUGGAAAUGGAACCAGACUUAGCACACAGUUUGUUUUUAACGUCCUGAACAUUUUAGAGUAGAAUUGGUACUUCUGCCAAGUCAAGGGGCAUGUCACGUUAUUUAUUUGAGGAAUUGGUGGCGGUUUUCAGUAAUAUCAUCCAGCAAAAACGUGUUUUAGAUGCAGGUCAAUUAUUUACAUCCUCUCACGAUUGGAAUGACCGUCCCUCUUUUCACAGAAAAAUGUUAUAGGGUGAAAGGUCGUUUUUUUCAACAAAAUUCAACUUUUGAUAAUUUAAAUCUUCAAAAACGAAAUCAAGGAAGAUCAUUCCAAACGUAGCAACGUAGAUAAUUUAAAUUUGCAUCGAAAACACUCAUUUAUUGUUCAAUAGGAUGGAAAUUCUCCACCAAUUCGCCGAUUUACCAAAUUUUAACAAAAUGAUCACGUGACAUGUCACAUGGUCAAAUAAUAUGUUAAGGCAAGGCAGGACGUCGAAUGUUAUAAUCAAAGAAAAGUUCAGCCUGGUAAAACAAAUAUAACAAGACAUAUAGCUGCCCAACCAUAACUCUACUUUACAUUCCUGACCCAGGCUUUAAACAGCUUGAGAUCGAAAUCGCAAAACCACUUCUAAAAUUAAAACAUCUGCAUGCAGAUUUGCAAACGGCACUGUACUUGAAUCGUCAGUACUGUCCAUAUAAAAUAAUAUAACUACCAAUAGUUUUCAGUCGACAAUGAAGGCCGGUUUAAUUGGUUGGAUUCCUGAGUUAUCGGUGGAGCUGGGGAAUCUCCGUGACUGACAGUCUCAUUCUCCACAUACUGUAUAUUCUCCUUUGUGUCAGGCAUCAUGUCGAAUAGUGUCAGUUGGUCUGAGCCGUCCUAAGGAAAGGAAUGGUAAUGGAUAACAUAUACAGUAAACACCGGCGGAUAAACCGCACUCGCAGAUACGUCGCACUUCGAAGCUUAAAAAGUAGCAAGUUCAAGGCAAUUCUUAUCCACGUGAAAAGAAAGCCAUAUUAAUAGACGUAUGGGAUCAGUACUAUAAGGCCAGUUCUUUUAAUUCAAUUUAUGAACAAUCGUAGCUAUGCUAUAAGGUUGUUGUAGCUCAUUCGUAUCAAAAAGGUGUAUACUUACGGGCCAUUUCAGUGGCAGCCUGUUUGCCAUGAUAUACAACGAACCUUGACUGCACAAGGACACGACUUCUGGGGCAUUCCAUUGGAAUGAGCUAGAGGUCUUUGGAAUGCUUAGCUUUUUUGUCCCCGGCAUGGUCCUAUUGGACCAAAAAUGAGAAACUAAUAAGUAAUUAAGAUAUGAGCAUCAAUAAAAAAAAAAAAGAAGUUUUACAGCGGCCAAAUUAAGAUGAAAAUAUAACCUUAAUCAAAUGAGUUCAUGUACCUCAAGUACUCAUAUGACAGAAUGUCUCCCUGAGAUAAGCCAAAUGCAGACGAGAAGACACUGCUGACUUCGGCCUGUACUUGGAAGGACUGCCACACCGAGGGAAUGGCUAUCUUCCCAAUGAGGCCCAUUGCAGCAAGCUUUGAACGUUUCUCUCCUCGAGGAAUGGGGAUGACGACAUCAUCACCUGGUACAUGUGGGAGGCAAAUAAUGUCCUUAUUGUAAAUUUUAGUUUGUUUAUGGCUUGUCCGCCUCUUUUUUGCCGCUGGUGGUACACCAGAUGAACCACGUAACAUGGUGGGAAGGGGAGGUCUUCCUGUUGGCCUUGUCUGCAACAUGAUAUGGUAAACAAAUCAAUAUGUGAAGAGGUACGUAAAUAUGUUUCUCGUGGACGGGUUUGUUUAGUAAGCGUUAACAAAGUCUAACCUGUUCACAAUUCGCUUGGACUAACAAAUAGACAUGAUGGGUUUUUAAGAACCAGAUGUCCACAUGAUAAAUACAAUUCACACAAGCAGUGCACAGUAGCGUUACCGGAAAUAGUUACUGUAGCGCGGAGACUUUUAUUCUUAUUAUUAUUUACGGCCAGGCAAAUGAAAAGAUGAUGGUGAUGAAACAUAUAUAUGCUACUGCGAUUUGUCGCCAAACCAGAGUCUCACUGUUACGCCUGUACAAUGAUUUUUGUUCGCCAAGGACGCUUGGACCGAUGUCACUAACUAAUAAUUUCUCCUCCCGGUGUUGAGGUGUAAAUAGCCCUUUGUUUGUCUCGAUCUCUUGUUCUCUGACGAAAUGUCUUGUCGCCUCACUUUGUGAAAUAGAAACAAUCAUUAGCUGUAUGUUAUUUUAGUAUGGCUACUAAAAGGACAUAACAAAGGAAGCAAACACAUCUAAAACUAAGCCGCGCGUGUCACGCAAUGCGCCAGACAAGCGAAAGGUCCAAAAGUCCUCUUUCCCUCGUAAAUAUAGUCAUAGCUUUCCGCUUAACAUGCAAUCCCCUUAACUAAUGAUGCAGUGCAACAUGUAAGAAAUAGAUGAGGCGCUUGGAAGACAUCAAUAAUGAUGUUUUUGUUAAUCACAUCGACACACAGGUCAUCACCCCGGCAGCGACUGGGAUGCUUUAGCAGUGAUACAUCAAUGUUACAUACCUCUUGUGUCGCAGGAGCAAAACCUGAAUUGCCAGGAAGGCUCGGAAGAGAUGCCAAAGCUUCGUCAACCGCCCUUUCUACGGCUCUAGAGACCGCAGAAGCGAUUGACCUCGAUAGCUCAUCCGGUUGUGUAGCCAUCUUUGCGAUUAUUCCCGCGCUAAUAACCCACGUGCCAAGUCACGCGGUUACUUAUUACUUAUUAAGUUAAAUCAUGGUUUUACUGAUAUCAAAUAAUGAUUUUCAUUAUAUGAAAUCAUAUACUUAUGAUUUGAAAUCAGGAUUUAUUAUAUCAAAUCAUAAACUUAUGAUUUAAAAUCAGAACUUAUUGUAUGAAAUCAUAAACUUAUGAUUUGAAAUCAGGAUUUACUAUAUCAAAUCAUAAACGAAUGAUUUGAAAUCAGGAUUUAUUAUAUCAAAUCAUAAACUUAUGAUUUGAAAUCAGGAUUUAUUAUAUCAAAUCAUAAACUUAUGAUUUGAAAUCAAUAUUUAUUAUAUCAAAUCAUAAAGGUAUGAUUUGAAAAAAUAAUUUAUUAUAUCAAAUCAUAAAGGUAUGAUUUGAAAUCAGAAUUUAUUAUAUCAAAUCAUAAACGCAUGAUUUUAAAUAAUAAUUUAUUAUAUCAAAUCAUAAACGCAUGAUUUGAAAUCAACAUUUAUUAUAUCAAAUCAUUGACGUAUGAUAUCAUAUCAGAAAACUUUAUUUAAUAAAUAACGAAAAAAAUGACAAAAUUAAGCUAAAUCAUUUUUUUUACAAACGGCGCCCCAUACUUGUCAUUAGUAGUUUCAUGCGACUUUUUAUCCUUAAGAAUUGUUUUGAACUGGGUUUAACUGCUCAUUUUCUAUUUUGAGAAAUUCUCAACUUGAAUCUGUUGUUUGCCAUUUGUGGUAUUCUUGAAGCUUAGACUCUAUUUUAUUAUUAUUUUUUGUAGCAGGGUUCUCAUUAAGUUUUAAAGUACGUGUACAUGUAGACAGCUACGUUGUAGGAUGUAAAAUUAGGCAGUUUGGUGACUGAGUGCUGUGGGCAAUUUCAGGCUUCACUCUUUCUCUUUACCCAUUUCUCCAAAAAGUAGACAGCUCAAACCUCCAAGUAGCCAGUGUUUUAGCCUGCUGCAGGCACUUUAUGAGAACCUUGUGUAGUGUUUGAAUUUUAAUGAAUAUUGUAUCACAAUUGAAUUUAUUAUCGUGACGCUUUAUGCUUACUGCACUUUUCAAAAACAGGUGAAUUCUGAAGUUUAAAAGCGAACUGACAUUUGCAUUUUUCCCUGUUGUCAAUGAUCUUAGUGGACCUCUUAGGAAACAGAACUUUACUUUAACAGGUUCAAAAGGUCAUGGGUUUGUGAUUUUCGAUCGGUGGCUUUCAAUCCGUUUUGUGUGUUUCUGUGUUUCGUGGUUCGUUUCUCAUGAUUGUAAUUGUGAUUGACAGCAGUGAAAAAUGCGAUUGUGAAGACAGCUUUGAACUUAAGAGUGUUUGAUCGGCAUGAUUAACCCUACAAUACAAAAUCCAUCCUUAUACAAGUUUCUUUUACAAUGUACAGUAUGUGCUAAAUGUAAUUGAAUGUUCUGCCUCACUCUAGUGAUAUCAGGAGCUGUAGAACAUGGAAAUCAUUACACUCUUAACCUGGUUUAUGAACAUAUCUUGGAGAGAACAGCUUGUAACAUGACAUAUGGUCCUUUUGGUGGAGUCAAAAGUGAGUUCUCUUGUUAUGUACAUUCGUACAUGUCUAUUUGUAGUGUGUGAAUUAUACUGCAGAUAGAACACCUGUAGCAGCAGGGCUGUCAUUAAGGGACCAGGGCCGGGGAUUUUCCACCGCUGUUAUGUGACCCCUGCCUACUUUUGUAGGAAAAUAGAAGAAAAACAGAACCAAGCAAAUUCCCUAGCUGUUGGAUGCCCUGCCUACUUAUAUCAUCAACCUGCAAACUUGAAAUUUUAAUGACAGCCCUGAGCAGCAAAAAUAGAGGAUAAUAAUUUUAUUACAAAUCCUUGCAGAGAUACGAAAUUCGCUCUUUCUGUUGAUGUUGAAAAAUAUUUUAGAAUGAGCACAGUUAAUGAGUGAAAUAUUAAAUUCAAUGCAAUACAAGGAGAGAGAUUUCAUACUAUGUACCUCAUCUCCAAGCAGCCACGCAAUGUUUUAUUAUUUUAUGAUAUAAACACCAAUGAAACCCCAAACAAUUUCACUUACAGAUAGUUGUUGUAACAUGUACAACCUCUAUGUACAGUUCAAGGUAGAAGGUCUAUAUUGUAUUUAAAACAUUUACGUUUUUCUAACAAUAACACCAUAGGGAAAUGUACAGAAUACAUUUUUUCCAUUAAUUUCAGGCAUUUUGUUACCUCUACAUCCUGCGUCCCUGAUGCAUAAAAAUUCUCGAGGUCGCAAAAUAAUAUCAUUGAUGGCUUGCAUCCUUUGGAACGCAACGAUCGAUCGCGAUCAAUUGAUCUAUCUAAAGAUGUGUUUUGAAGAAUGCCGUGUUUCCACGAUUUAAAAUAUGAAUUGAAGAGUAAAUUUAUAUCGUCCACUCGUUAACUAGGUUAAGAACAAGUUCUGUUGGUAACAAAUAGAUAGAGAAAUUUCCAUGGGGAUGCAAUGCACUGAUAAGAUUUUUCUUAAAUAGACUUAAUGGACUUGAUCCCUCGGCAUUUUUUACAUUUGCACAUGAUUUUCGGCCCUUAAGAGCCAACCAUCGUUUUAAACUUAAGCUUACAUCAGCAACUUUAAAUAGUUUUAAACAUUCUUUUUUUAUACGCAUAAUAGAUAAGUGGAACAAUCUCCCAAAGGAAGUUGCUGAGGCGCAGAAUUUGAAUAUUUUCAAGAACAGACUGAGACUUUAUCUUAUAGAUUUUUCUAGUGAACACUAAGUUCUUUUACUGUGUGAUGUUUUAUAUACAUAUAUAGUUACUAUUUUAAACAGUUGUAAAUAAUUUAUUUCUUAAUGUAUUUUAUUAUCAGGAGAUAAACUAGAAAGGGAUAACCUCUUUUAUCUCCUUUUCACUUUCCGAUUUGGAUUUGUGAAUAAACAGUUAUUAUUAUUAUUAUUAUUAUUAUUAUUAUUAUUAUUAUUAUUAUUAUUAUUAUUAUUAUUAUUAAAGCAGCCACGUUUAUUUACCUGAUACAUGUAGAUGUCUGUUUGCCAUAUAUGGAAAGCAUGUGGCUGAACCAAGAUGGCUGACAGUGGUUCGAAGUACGGCGAAGCUUUCGUCUAACUGAUUCUAAGCUUCAAGGGCUUGUUAAAAUAUGAAAAUUAGAAAAUCUUACUCAAAAAUGUUUUGCACUCAUGGGGAAUAUGCUGUGACAAAAAAGAUAAGUUUCUGAUGAGAGUGACAGCAUUUCUGUUUUUGAUUUUUUGCUAGAAAGACUGUAAUUUGAUUUCAGUACACUGACUAUAAUGUAUUACCAAGAUAAGUGCUUUCUAUUGAUAAUGUCGUACAGAUUAAAUGUGAUAGUCUGGUUUCAUGAGGGUUGUGUCAUCUUUUAAUAUAGGAGUAAGGACUCAUUAUUUUUUGAAGUGGGAUGUCUGGACUGGGACUCAUAAUUUUUCAUAAGAUGUGUCCCAGGACUCACUAUUAGCAAAUUGUAAAAGAAUCGCUGCUCAGGGCUUAGUAAAAGAGAGUUACAAAGUGGCCAUCAAGUCCAAUCUGCCUUUCUUUUUGUUUUAGACAAAGAUUUUAUGUGUGUGCAAUCCAUGGAUGGUAUGCUGUCAUUUUUCGAACAAGAGAGCUUUGCAUUUGGAAGAUUUCUUCCCGGAUUUCUUCUCCCUGGGCCAUUGAGAUACAUCACCAAGACUGAUUCAUUCAUAACUGUCAGUUCUUCUAGACUGGUGGAAUCUUACAAGUAUGUGGCCUUGUCUCGAAACUUUUAUUCUCCCGCGUGUAAUAGUGCAGUUUUGAGUUAAAAAUACCGCUGAAUAGAAACAUUAACAACACAUUCAUACAGGGUUAGCCUCGAUGUAAGGUAAAAUAUUCAGAAAUUCUGGCAAGUAAGUGUUGGAAAUUUGAAUAUAGUUACACAAUAGACAGAGUAAUAAAGAGGUCUUUUUCUCGUUGGAAUUUGUGAAUAUAUUACUCAGAAGGAGACUAAGCCUGUAAAAAAAGGGGACUUCACUUCUUUAGUUCAGUGGUCAUAGUGAACUGAAAACUGGACUAUUUAAGUCUAUUUGUACAGGACUGUGCUUGUGUUGACUUAAUUACAGCUGUACUUGUGCUUUUUGACAACAAGAUGUACAUGUACACUGCAAAUAUACAUGCAGCUAAGAGGUACCCGCCAGCAACUGGUUUUACUUGAUGGUAAUGGUACGGUGAUGGUUAUGAUGAUGAUGAUGAUGAUGAUGACAGUAGGGAGCUUUAGCAUUGGCGACAGCGACGGCAGCAAAAACGUCACUUUGAAAAGGCAUUCACGAUGUUUCAAACAUUGUUGCGUAUAGUCCAAUCCGCUGAAAAUGUCAACUGUAAUGGAAUUUCACUACAGUUAAUUCUUAGGGACCGCACUUACGUUGAGAAAGAGAAAGAAAAAAUCAUCGUCGCUUGUUUACGUCCUCCACAAAGCGUGAAAUUAGGCAGUUUCACGUGGUAGUUGUGCAGUGACGGCAAAGAAAUGUACAAAAAAGCGUGAUGCAUGUGCAAAGUUGGUGUUUUGCUUAACAAACCUAUUGCUCUUUUCUCGUUCUCGUUGCCGUCGCCGUUGUCAUUGAUAAAGCUCCCUAGUAAUGAUGGUGACGAUAAUGAUGAUGAUGAGGAGGAGGAGGAGGAGGAGGAGGAUUUGGCAAUACUAACAGUUUUGGUCUGAACAUUACUCUAUUUGAUGUGCAAAAUUUUUAAGUCUCACUGGUCAAACAGGUACACUUUAUCACUAAGUUGCUGAUUGAUCGAGUACUGCUGUACAUGUAUAAAAUGUACAAUAUACCUGUGUUACAUUUAAACUGAAAGGAUUGUAACCACUCUAAGUCAUAGUGUCAUGUUCUAAUCAACUCAAUGCACCUAUGUUCGCAGAUAUCAGACUUUGGCUGUUGCCACUGAUGCUAAUACAAAAGAGGACAUUGGAAACAAAAAAGUAUCUGGAAAGAAGUUAACGGUACUUAUUCAUGACAUGUACAUUGUUUGGUCUUGUAGAUUGUUGUUACAAACCCCAAAUUUUCUUCUCUCAAUCCCUAGAAACCUGUCAAAAAUGAUUUCAAUUUUAACUUUUGUUUUUAAUGAAAAGUGUGGGUUUUUUAUUACAUGUACGACUGUGCAUCUUCUGAAUACAGUAACUUUGUCUUAAAUUCAUCACACAAGCAUCAUACAUGCUGUAUGUACUUUCGGUACAUGCACAAGGGCUGCAGCAAAACACAGACACAUUGAUGAACUGUGAUACAUUGUUUUUCUUCCUAAAAUAUGAAUAAGCAUAUUUGAGGGAGAUCUAUAUCAUUUUAAUUGUUACAUUUUGUAGAUUUACAAAACAAUUAUGGCAUAAAUUAUGCUAGCCUACAUUGGAAAUUAAAUUUUUGUGAAAUUGCUGUCUUUGACAUUCCUUACCCAGCAUCCACAUUUUUGUAAGGCAAUUUAUGAUGGAGACACACAAAAAAAAAACAAAAAAGCAAACCAUCCCUACUUUGCAUACAUGUACUUUUUGUUUCAUUCAAGGUGGGGGACAAGAUGGUGAAACAAACACUCCACUUAUGUAUAGUAUUUUGGAGUAAUGAUCUACUGUACAUCUGGUUGAAAUUCGUGCACCUUUUUGUCAUAGUGUCUAAAAAUGUUUUGGUGAUGGAAUAAAGAGCUAUUUUCUUUGGUAUUUUUGUCAAAAGUGCAAUGUAAUGCUAGUAGUUUGGCAGUGGUUUCUCUGAUGGCUACCAACUGCCGAUAAUCAGGCCCCAUUUGUUCAUAUGUCGGAUAGCGCUAUCCACCUGAUAAAUCAUCUUUUUCACUUUGCGUGCCCAAGCAAAACCGCCAUGCUACCCAGGCUAGAUACAUGUAAAUCACUAUACAGUGUAUAAGUAUUGUGGAAACCAAUUAAUUGCUCUAUCCACUGGAUAGAGAUCUAUUCACUGGAUAGCGCUAUCCACCUAUUGAACAACGAGGACCAGAAAAUUAUGCCCCAGAUGAGUUGGUAAUUCCUUUUUUUCUUUCAGAUGGACUGGACUUGCAAUAUUGGAGAAAGUGCUAUUGACAUUGUGAUUUUCAGCAGCUCAAAUGCACCUCUUUCAAUAUUUGUUUUAGGUGAAGUAUAUGAAGUGUGCAUUUCUAUCAGUUCCAAAGGCAUAGGCAGGGUUCACACAGUCUUAAAAAGUCCUUGAAUAAUUGUAGGGGAAGGCCUUAAAAAGUCCUUGAAUUCCAUUUUUCCUUCAAAAUCCUUAAAUUUCUGUGUAAGUCCUUGAAAAGUCCUUGAAUUUUCUUCAGCUUUGAAUGUAGUGGCCUGGAAAGAAUUUUUUGAUGCUUUUUGGUUGUCCAAGGCAGAAUAUUAAUUAUAGCUCAGAGAAUUUAAACUUUUUUUACAUAAAGUACUCUAUGUUUUAUGCAAUAUUUAACUAUCAGUUGAAGACAAGGGAACUGAAAAAUGUAGAGACGUUGGUGAAGCAAACAGUUUAAGCCUUAGUCUUAUUAGAAUAGACUGGGAAUGUGCAAUUUUGUACAAUCUGUGAAGUUAAAGUCCUAGCAAGUGGUCCUUGAAAAUCUAAUUUGGUCCUUGAAAAGUCCUUAAAAAGUCCUUGAAAAAUGGUUGCGUUUUUUUGUAUGAGCCCUGAUAGGUAGUAGGCAUCCUGCUGAUGAACAGUUAUGACUUAAAGAUGUUUCAAGCAACCAUAAUUUGCCGUCUGUCCUCUUUGAUUUGCUAUUUUAAUGCUACUCAACUUUGAUGGUACAAUUUUUUUUCUUUGCAGGGGAACGUUCACUGUUUUGUUUAAAUGACAACGGCUCAGUGAGAUUCAUGAAAAAAUUCGAAUACAAUCCUAGUUGUUUUAUUCCUUACAAUUCAGGUAUGAAUUCAGAAUAAAAUAAAAAAUAAUUAAUUAUUUAAAAUUGAAUUAAUAGCUCAUACAUGAGACCUUUUUCAAUUCAAAGUUAAUAACGAAACAACCGUUUUGUGUUUUUAGACAACUGUACUUGUUGCGGCAAUGCUUCGGCAUGAUCUUGGCUUACAGAUUUCCCACAUUACAAUAAACCUUGCAUACGUGUGCAAGGCUACUCAGUUACCAAAGUUCAUUUUUUUCCCCUGGGCAAGACUCUGUAGUUAUCUCUGACAUUGCUCGCAAUUCUACUUUUACUGAAAGUUUGAAAAAUCGGGAUUGCAUUUAAAAAAAUUCAGUUUUGUAACGCAGAAUCUUUAUUAAGCAACUACCAGAUUUCGUCACAUGAUAGUGGAGACUCAAAAACAGACAUACAUGUACAGUUAAGCCAAAUACCGUGCAAUGUGCUUAAAAUAAGAAUUCAGAUCCUAUGCUAUUUCCUUGCAAAGAAGGUAUACCAGUUUUGUUCCACUGUUCUUGCAGCUUGCAGAAUAGGAGAUUUUCUUUUUCGCGUUUUUGAGGCGAGCGAAGGCAAGCGCGAAGCGGGCGUAGAGCACGAGACUCGCCCGACGGGUGAUAAUUUUUUGCGUGCCUUUCCCCGUCGCGUGUCUCGCGCUCCCCUCCCGCUUCACGCUAGCCUCCCUUUGCCUGAAAACGCGAAACGUAUCGCCUGUUUCUUGUACCACAAACAUGGAGGCCGACCUCAACAGGCACUUUGACUACUGUAGGGUGGAUUUCCACUGUCGCGUAAUUUUUACGUGUGAUCGCGUGUAUAACUUACGUGCAAAUAAAAUAGAAGCAAUGUUUGAAAGGCUACGCGUUAACGUAAACGUUGAUCCUCACAUAACUUUUACGUUUACGCGCGACCUUUUAUAUAAAGCCUCGUUUUUAUUUACGCAAGUAACAUCGCCACGCGCAAGCACGUAAAAAUUACACGAUAGUGGAAAUCCACCCUAAUCGAUGUAGCUAUUAGUUUUGAUUGGUCCCAUAACUUUUCGUAACUUUGCUUUCAGUGGUGGAAGGUACAGUGAAUACUCUUAUAGCAACCUUCAAUAAAACACUUAUGGUAUAUCAAGAUGUAGCGCUAACCUGGGCCGCGCAGCUUCCUCAUAUUCCUGUUGCUGUCAAAGUAGCGUCAUUUCAGUAAGUCGAACACUAAGAGUGGGUUUCCACUGUCGCGUAAUUUUUACAGGCAUAAGUAUAAUAGAGACAAUGUUUGAAAGGUCUCGAGUGAACGUAAAGUUCUGAGAGGUGCUACUUUAACGUUUACGCGCGACCUCUCAUACAUUCCCUCUAUUUUAUUUAUGAGUGUAAAAAAUACCAACCUCGUCCCCAGGGCACUUUUCCCUGGCAAAAGCGACCAGGGGACGAGGUUGAAAAAAUACGCAAAAGAGGAAACCCACCUUAACUGAUAAAACUAAUGUUUAUAGUUGCAAUCAACCAGCCCAGUAUUAAAAACGCACAUCGUCUUGACAGUGGUUACGAAAGCAGUAUAGAGAAGCCUAUUUUAUCAAUUUACGUUAAUUCAAUUUAUUAUUACUGCAUAAUGUACAAAGUGGAUGUAGAAGGAAGCAGUGGAGAAAAGACUAGUAGGGAACUUUUGAGCCAUUUUAGCUAGUCCACCAGCAAUUUUUCUUGGAAAUUGUCUCGCACUUUGCGCCGUUGUGAAGCACCUUGCACAAGAUUGCUGUCACGAUUUUUCCUGGAACUUGCAACAAUACAACCAAAAAUGUUGCAAUCCUGGGUUCAAAGAGAUUGCAUUGCGUAACAGAGAAGAUGCUGGGCAACCUGGAUUUCACAGGCUCAGAGGACUGGCUCCCCUUAAUUUUUCUUAGAGCACCGCUUUGCAGUUAAUUUUAAUUGCUGUUAAUCCUAUAUAAAGCUCCACUCUCAUAAGCCCCAUAAUGCAAUUUGACACGUGCAAACCUCAAAAUAACCACUAGGGCAGUUGCCUUGAAGUAACUGUCAUUUUUCUUGUUGUUGUUUUGUAAUUUAGAGAAUUACAAGGUGUGAUAGUAACAUUAGAUGACACUGGUUAUCUUCACUGUGCUUAUCUGGGAACGGAUCCAUCAAUGAUGGUGACUCCUGCCCCUGAAGCCAGAGACAUUAAUUAUGAGGUGAGCACAACUGAAGGUGAAUAAGGCUAUGUUAACCGUUAAAUGUUCACCGGCACUUUACCGGAGAGCUCUUGCGCGUCACAAAAGCCAUUCCGGAGAGACGGCUUCUGUUCACACACAAGAAGCUAAACCCGCGACGAUCUCGAAAAUAGAGCGUCACAUAUCGGAAUGUCCGAAUAAGUCCUGUGCCGCACUUUGACGCAAUGGGAACACCUUCAGCUAUUCGGACCGUAGUGGAAGUGAAUAAUUAGGAGCGAGGACCAGAACCAACUGAGACCGAACUGCGAAGUAAAUAUUCAGGAGAGAGUACUGGGAUUAUAUGCACCAGAUACUCUAGGCCGACUGCUCUGGUACGAUAUUCAAUGUGUGCGAACGACUUGUUCGUGCUUUUCGUGUCAACACAAAAGUUUAUCUUUAGUCAAAGACACCUUGAAACGGUUUUGACGCCCUAUUAUUAUAUGACUGAAUCCGUGAGCGGGCAAGAUGAAGCGAAUCCAGCACUCUGAUUGGCUACGGUAAGAUAGGCUCAUCAUGCCGCCUCGAGAUUUCCCGCGUUGUUCCCCGCAAGAAAGAGUUCUGUUUUUUGGCCAUAUGAUAAAUUCUUUAUUGACCAAGCUUGUUGGAUGAAGAUGCUUUUACAUGUAUAUUGGCCCGUUCUUUUUUGCGUUUUUAUUGACCUCGACGAAAAAAAUCGUAUAAAAGAACUUGGCCAAUAUUUAGCCGUCUUGACCCCACGCUUAACCAAUAACACAUGUGUAUAUAAACUACAUUUAGUAUAAUAUAAACUCUUAAGUAGUCCAAUGAUGCAGACCCUUCUUUUCUUGGAUAUUCAAGUUGUGCAAAAUAUUUGUGACACUGCUCAUUGAACUGUGUUGUUUUAGGUAAGUGGUACGAUGGGACUGCACUUAGCGUUAAAAUGAAUAACAUUUAGCUUUCACCAAAUGCCACGCUUAAAUAUACCUUCAGGUCUGACCAGGGUGCAAAGAAAAUCAUUUUUACAGCUUGCCAUUCGGGCAAGCUGAAGCUAGCAUUUACUAGCCCAGACGUCAUUUCAACUAGCCCCAAAAACGUUUUGUUCUUCUGUUAUUCAAACUCCUCAUAAAACAUCACUUGCCCGUCGGGCAAGUUAAAAACAGAAUUCACUAGCCUGAUAGCAAAAUCCACUAGCCCCGGGCUAUCGGACACUACUUUCUUUGCACGCUGGGUCUCCUAGUGUGGUAGUCUGUUUUCUCAAACAUCCUAUGAAGUUUCCAACCAGAAAGUAACGUGAAGCAUUGUAAAAUGGAUACUAAUUCCCUUUAUUUAACUUUGUUUUUUAGGAAGCAGAUGAUGAAAUGAAAGAACUUCAAAAAGAAAUCAAGGAAUCCACCAUUAGUUCAGGUUAAAUCAUCAUUGGCAUUUUAACUAUAUACUAUGCAGCUCAGCUUCUACUCGCUGGCACGACGGCUUGGGUGAAAAAUCAGAAAUUGUGGUUGAAAACUGAAACGGAAAAAAUUCAUGAAAAAAAAAUUAAAAUCGUUAGGCGCUUUCCUGAGGGGGAAGGUGCAUAAAAUAGGGAGAAGGGAGAAAUUGGCUGAAAAAGUAGGGAGGAAGGAGAAAUUGGCUGAAAAAGUGGGGAGGAGGGAGAUUUACCCUCCUGUACCUCCCCCUUUUUCCUCUACUUGCAUUCUCACUGAAAAUUAAAUGAUUGGAAAACUCCUGUUUCCUUCAUCAAACUCUCUUUACAAUAUUUUGCUUUCAAACACGCAGCUGAAGGACAAUAUGAACAGAUUAUCUCUUUCGAGGCUUUUUACAGUCGCAGUGUUUCAGACCGGAACCCGAUAUGUUUAGGCUGCGACAGAUGGCGCGCGAGAAAAGAGGGGGAGUUUCUUCCCCCUAAGCGUGCGCCUUUCAUGUUCUCCGCGCUUUCUGUGUAUUAUUUGAUGAAAAUUUGAUAAGUUGCAUUCAGGCUUCAGUCAAGUAGUAAACCGACAAUACAUGUGUAGAUCUGACUCUGACAGUGAAAUAUUGUCAAAAUUGAGAUCUUGUGAGAUGAAUGAUUAGAAAACCUUUGUUUCGUUCAUCAAACCGUCCCUUGACACUUCUUAAAGUCGGAGUUUUUGAGACCGGAAACCCUGCUAUUUUUGGCCUUCAUGGCAGGGGUUUGAAGGGGAGAAUUAGGGCGCGCGAGAACGCGAUGUGCGCGCGAGGAAGGAGGAGAGUUUUCAUCCUUCUCCUUCUCGCGCGCUUUUUUGCCCAGAUUGCGAGCAGUCGUCUUUCUUUUCUUAGAGCCAAGCGCAGUGAGUGGAAAAGUAAAAUUAUGCAAAUUAAUGGUAAAAAGGAGGGGAGAUUGGGGCUUCCGUCCUCAUUCCUCACGGCUUCGCAGUCUAUCUUCUCACGCUCUUCUCUCGAUCUAUUGUGACGCAAAAGCAAAAUAAGAGACUGCUCGCAGUCUACUUUCAGUACCACGAGCCUUUCCUUGCAAGUAGCUAGUAAACCUACACUACUUGCAAGUAGUAUUCUGAAUGUAUACAUUUCUUGUAGAAAUUUUGCCACGUGCGCAACAAAAAGAAGACAUUCUCCUUUCUGUCCAUGUACCAACGAGUCUAGAUGCUGUAUCGGUAAGUCAGUUAUAUUCCUGGCAUUUCUUAAGACUAUCAUUUACAGUGCUGUCAUGAAAUAAUGUUGUAUGUGAGCAAUUUGUUUGUUGAGUCUUUUAAGGGUUACACCAUUGACUCUGUAUAAUAUAAUGUAAGGAAGAUUAAACAAAACAAAUGUUUGAUGUGGCACAGUUUUCAAACGUGAUGGUAUUUUCUAUUGGUAGCUUUAAAUUACGUAUACCAAUUUCGAAAUAUCACUCGUGGUAUUUAUGCCAAAUAUCACCACAAAUCAUGCUAUUACCUAUACUAAAACAUCCAUUUGUACUAAAUAAUUUGUUCUUAAUAACAGAUUUGAAUUUAGAAUUAGAACACUUUGAAUACUUUGACAUGGUAAGGCCAACACACUGUAGAACUGGACUCCAUUCAGCGUCUGUUUACUCGAGGGUGGAUAGCUCCAAGUAGGUUAGGUAACCCGGUUAGGUGGGGUAAAAAAUAACCCGCGUUUUCUCGCAACCUUAUAACCCUACCAUCACGGGGUACACAUUCUCAACAUUAUUGAACGGUCGCUAAGAACGUACACAAAAAUGAUCGUGGGCAAACGACGUGUCAGUUUGGCGGUUAAUGCUAUUCUACUCUCACUUGCUGCUCUUACUGCUACCUUUAGUGCUCUGGGUUUCUGUUGUCACUUUUAAUGAUGCAAAGCAACCGCCAAAAGCGAAGUUUGGGCGAAUUUAAUUUUACAUGAACCCAACCCCGGCUAGGUGGGUUACCCCACCUUGAAACGUUUAUAUGGCAAAUUUUAACCCCGGCAGAAGAGGGGUUAUCCGUUCUGGCAGGCCGGGCAACCCGCCUCGCUGGGUCGCCUUACUUAUCGUGUAAACGUAAUCAAAAUAAAAUGAAAGAUUAUAUGGACAGGCAGGUUACUCCACCUGAGCGGGUUGCCUCACCUACCUGGGGUUCACCACCUGCAUAUUAUAAACAGGUCCUUAGAUUUUGCUUGAGGAAGUCACUCGGGGUGCUCACUGCCAGAGUUAACGGUAAAAUGGGCCACACAAACGUACAACUUGUUUAGCAACAUUGCUGCAAAACUGGUUGAAAAGAUGUUACAAACCUGUCUUGCAACAGGUCGUACAGGCUGCGAAAAGUUGUUGCAGAAAGUGGAGAGUAGUUCUACUUUUUGCAGCGAAAUCUGUACAUGUUGCACGUUUCACUGGCCCAAGGCCAGCAAACGUGACAUAACCUAACCCCUUGUAUGGCGUGAAUCCCACGUAAUUUUAUCCAAUCAGGAGUCAGUGUUCACGCAACAUGCGACAAACUGAUUUGACAGGUUUGAACGUCAGUGGUAAAACGCGCAACAUCGCUAUUCAACUCGUUUUGCAGCAAUGUUUCCAAACAAGUUGCACGUUUUUGUUUCCCGUUUUGCCGUAGCUUUAGGUUUCGUUACGUCAUGUUACGUUAAUACGUGUUAUGUGAUUUUGUGUUGUUUCCAAAUUGAUGUUUUAUUUUCUUGUGUGCAGCAAAGUAUGAUGGAUGACGGUGAUGAUGAAACGUUCCCAUCAAUCACAGUUACGGUAAGGAAGCCCCUAGGUUACCAGAUAACUUUCGUACAGUUUCGAAAACCCCUCCGGAUAGGUCUUUUGGUCACAAAUGAAACGCCAGCUUAGUCACAGUUUUUAUAGUUUUUUGGGGGGCCAGUGACGCUUUGCAACAAGACGUAGCUGAAAGCUAACUACUUUUUACUGGAUCUUUACACGACCGUUGCCUGGGUCAGUCAGCACCCUCUUGCUGAUGGAGGAAUUAUUUCCUCGCCGUCAAUUACCGUAUUUAUUCGAUUAAACGCCACCCUCGAAUAAACGCCGCACCUAAUCAGAAGAAUGGGGCGUUUACUCGAGGAUAAUGAAAAAAACCUCGUUCAACUCGGUAAUUUACACCAUUCAGACACUUGCGAUUGUAUUUCUGCAAAAUAAGAGAGACAUUGGAAUCUUUAAAUUACAUAAUAUUUACAAACGAUUUACAAUAACUGUUGUCAGUUAUUGUAAAAAAAGUGAUUUCGUAAGAAACGCCGCCCUCGAAUAAACACCGCCCUUGAAUAAACGCCGCCCUUGAAUAAACGCCGCAUUGGAAACGCUAAAAAUUUAAUAAACGCCGCGGCGUUUAAUCGAAUAAAUACGGUAAGUGUAAAGUUAAAUUUCGCGACUUUGAUUUUCAUUAUUUUGGAUACACUUCGGACAUUUUUGAUAUCUAAGAAAGAGGAGUAUUUUAUCAGGGUGGAGACCCGUCAGUGGCAGUAAAACUAUCAGGAACCCUCGAAGUGGCCAGAUUUCUUCGCUUGAUCCCCCUUCUUACGUUUGGUGACAGUACCUCGAAAAAGUUUCCAUUUAACUUUGUUUCUGUGGGCUCAAAAAUUUAUUACUUUUGUGAGCGUCUCGUUAUAUAAUUUCCUGCAUUUUGAUUUGUUACUCCCUCUUUCGCGUUGAUUUCCUUUAUUUGAAAGUCGUUUUCCUCUAAAUUCGCGUUAAUUUCCAAUACCUUAAUUUCAUGAAGCGUUAAUUUCCUAUAAUAAGGUAGUUAUUUCUUUCUCUGCAGGUAACCCUUAAAUCACAAGCUCCCAGUCCAAUAGAAAAUGUGGUUCUCAGCGUCAUCUCCUCUCCUCCUAUCAUGUGCAAUAGAUCUUCUAUAGUGUUCCCAAUAAUUGGUAAGCAAUGCACGGUUAAUCCCUUUCUUCUUUUGUUUCCCUCCUCUCCCUCCAUCCGUUUCAUCCUUCCUUUCUACCUCGUCCCUCUGUUUAUUUCUUUUUCUUUUAUCCCUCUUUUCCUUUUUCUUUCCAUUUUCCUCCUUCCUCCCCUCCCUCUUCCCUACCUCUCUCUUAAUUUCUUUCUUCCUUCGUGACGUCCUUUCUUCCUCCCCUUCCAUCCAUUUUUUUCUCCCCCUCUUUCCCUUUCUCGCCAGUGGUGGAUCCAGACCUCAGAUAUGGGUGUGGGGGUGGGGGUCAUCCACACCCUGCGAUAAGGGGGGCGCCCGGUCUCAAAAAAUUUUUUUUUCGGCCCUUCGGGCCUCAGUUUGGUCUAAAGUUUAGGGGGGAGGCCCGGGCCUCCCGGGCCCCUUCCCUGAAUCCGCCACUGCUCCUGGUACCUCCCUCCAUUUCUUCAUUUCAGUCUUCCUCCCUUCCUCCCUCUUUCCUUUUCCCUCCAUGUCUUCCUUCCGUCGUGCCGCCGUUUUUCCCCGAUCCGUCUACCCUUAGCAUUCUUUUAUCCCUCCUUCCUCCCGCCAUUUCUGUCUUUACUCCUCCUUUCCUCGCCAUUCCUCUUCCCCCCCUUUCUUUCCCUCCUCAUUUUGUUUUUUUUUUUAUCAUUUCUUUACUUUCAUUCUACCUUCCUCUCUCCAUUCAUUUCUCUUCCGUAACUUUCUCCCUCUCAACCUUGCCUCCGCCCUUUCCUUCUCAUUAUUAGUUUGUUUAUCCAUAGAAUCGUUUUUGUUUUUUACAGGUGACAGAAGUGAACCCGUAUCUGCAGAAGUGUCAUUUUAUUCUCGUGGGGGAUCAAUCCCAAGUUCUUUAAAAGCGCACAUCACAGCCACAUAUCUUACAAACACUGGUGAGUUAUCCUGCUGAACCUGCCGUUACGUUUGUCUUCUGGACGUCAGAUACAAUGAACCCAGUAAUAUAUAACAAUUAUUCACCGAAGUGGAGGUGGCUAGUAUUGAUUAUUUACCGAGGCCGCGAAGCGGCGAGGUAAAUAUCCAAUACUAGCCACCGACACUGAGGUGAAUAAUUGUUUUAGUAUAUACUAAAACAGUGAGAUAAUUGAGCACAAAAAUGAUGAUUUUUAACUCAUUUACUGUUGCCAACGAUUACAAUUUUGGCGCGCCAUUACCGAACGGCCGCGCUCGUCGCUUUUUCUUAGCGACAAAUAAGACUUUUGAAGGCGUUUGUUUAACCCUUGCGGGGAAGUUUCUUCAAAAGGAGUUGUGAAUUCUUUUUGUAUUUAAAAUAAUUCUGUAAAAAAGAUUGUUAAAUUUAGUUUUAAGUUUAUUUAUGAACAAGUCAACUAAAUAAAGUAACGCAAGACUUAAGCUUAAUUUGCAUUUGUAAACAAAUAACUUUUCACCGGUUUUAUCGAUAAAUUCAAGUAAAAAAGACAAAGCUUUACCUGUUAAAACUUCCAAGCCGAACUUCGUCACCUUCUUCAUGUACUUCGGAAAAAGCUUGCUUGAUUAGUUGUGAAAUUUCUUAGUUUAUAACGGCAGCAAGCCGGGAAGGCAUUUUGCUCGCAACCUACGUGAGUUUGGCGUCGCUCGCUUGGAGGAACUGGAGGUGAAUCAGUGAAUAGUGCAGCAUAUUCACUGAUUGAGUAGCCAAUCAGAGCGCGCGAAAAACACUAUCCACUGUUUUAGUAUAUACUAAAAAUGCUUAUUAAAUGAGAGUACUAAGGCAAAGCUCUGCCAAAGAACUGUCAUUUGAAUAGAAACACCAUUCUCCACUUUAGAAACGAGAAAGGGACUGGAGCCGAAAUGCUUCCCGCAAUUGAUUUUGGGAUUGUUACUUGGGACGCCCCGGUCAGCUAUUGGCAAUUUAUUCCAUCCCUAGUAUCAGUCCCAGAAGUCUUUGCAAAAGUUAGCUCGGCUCAGUUUCCUUGUUUCUUUAGUACCGAAAAGGGUUUCGUCAACAGAUUUAGAAGUACUCAGAGUAACAAAAAUUCUACUUAUAUCUUGGUGUAAGGGGGUGUUUACAUGAGAAAACUCGCACCGGCUCGAGUUUCAUAUCGGCAUGACUUUUUGAUUUCGUAUCGCGUUUACAUGAUCAUGGGUCAUUUCAUAUCUGGGUUAUUUGAAGGUACACUUCAUGUUGAUUAAAUACACGUGCGAUUCAAAAUCGCAAACAUUACGCAUGCGCUACCCGUUCCAGGGUACCGGCAGACCGAAUUCACACCGAAGCGGGUGGUCGUUUCGCGUUUACAUGAUACCGUGGCGAGAUUUCGUACCGGAGUGAAAUUCUCGCCCCGGUACAACAACCGGGGUGACUCGCGCCAGCAUGAGGUUUUGUGGUGGUAUCAUGUAAACAAAUGUAGAGCCAUGAGAGGGAACAGGAGUGAACUCGCGCCGGCGCGAAAGUCGCCCCGGUGUCAUGUAAACACUCCCUAAGAAUGGCAAGAUUUAGACAAUAACUGCAGAUGAAAUCCACUGUGCUAUUUGUCCAUGACACAGAAUCCACCUUUCGAACUAAAAUCUAUACAAAUUUAUUGUACACUUUCUCAACAUAUCAUAGAUGAAACACAUCUUUAACAUAGUAGAAUAAAUGUGUAGUCAAAAAAGCUUAUUUUACUAACAUGUAAAGUUGUGAUGGCUUUUUUUAGAGGCUCCUCGAGUCGUUCAAACAGAUAUCCACUUCCCACUAAGCGUUGUUUGCAAAGCCUGUCCACCUACGAAGAAUGCUAACCAUAAGGUGAAGAUUCAUUUCUUUCAUUUUAUCCAUGUUUUACCAGUUAGGCAGGUCUGUCACAGGAAUUAACUCUUUCACUGCCUAAAGUCAACAAAGUCAACAGUUGGCAAAAUUUCCAAAUUUUAUUUUGUGAAAUGUUGAAGAACAAAUAGUACCAUGUGAAAGUACUAGCAAAGAGGUGUCAUUUGAAUGGUUACACAUUAGCAUUUCGUCCACAGACUCAAAAGUUAGAGCCACCUUACCAGACGCCAUCUUGUACUCUGUACUGAAAGGGUCAACAGCAUACGUGUGUGGAGUUGAUCUAGCCAUUACAGGGCUCAAAAUAAUGUUCGGCCAGAAUGGCGACUUGACCGGCCAGAAACUUCACUCGCCUGUCAUGUUGACCGGUCACGCGACAUUUCGAGAUACCACCAUUAGUUGCCAUGCGAAAUGACGUCAGAGGAACAUUCCAUAGAGGGUCCCCAACAGAGUUCUUCGAUCCCGUAAUCCUGACCCAAAAUUGCGUGCAAUCCCGUAAUCCCGAGGGUUAUUUUUGGCAUCCCGCUUACCGUGCAUACUUUCAAUCCUGAUUCUGGCCCCGAUUUUGCUUUAAAAUUCCGAAUCUGGAGCUUCAAACAAGGGAAAUUUCGGAUCCUGAAAACCUAUUGAGGACCCUCUCCAUUCUGAUGACUCUUCGCUACCCAGAUCUGGGUAGUUUUUCUGAUAAGUUGACAGUUUGCUUCAUCGUUAUCACUUUGUUUUCUCGCAGCUUACGAUAGAUACAAACAAAUCACCAGCAAAUCUUGCAGAGAUAUUUUCUGGUAAGCUAUUGUGAAAAAUCUUUCUGUUCGCGUAUUUCGCUGUACGUUUAGCGCUACUUUCUUUGAGAGAAAGCAACGGUUUUCGCGCAGUUUUCUAAUUUUUUCACGAUUGUCUUUUCCAGAUAUGGUUAAUGACGCAGUAAUUCCCAUGGCUGCAGUUGGUAUACAGUAUUACGGCGGUCCCGUCGUCACCAUCCUGGCGUCUAAAACUUCACGUAGGUGUUACGGACGUGUCCUAUUGUUUCCCCUUGAAACGAUUAACCGCCCCCGCCCCACCCCCUUCACCCUAGCCGCAAAUAGCAUUCAGUCAUUGAACAAUGUUCGUCCAAAAUUUGCACUUGCUAAUACAAUUACAAAAACUAAAAAUCAUUGAAAUAGAUGUCUGACAACAUUUCUAGUUUGCCUUACUGAAACUGUAACCUGGUCAAACAAAUGUCUUGCCCCCCCUCCCCUCCCCUCCCCCUCCUUCUCCUCAUGCAUUACGUUUGUGGUAGCUUCGUCAGUGGAAUAUAAAACCAAAUUCUUUUGUUAUAGAGCGGUUUUGCGAUGGACGCGAUCGCGAAUGGUUUCGUUUUACAAUGUUAUGCCUCGCGAUUGGCUAAAAAAUUUCUGCUCCUUUUUCUCAACCAAUCAGAAGUAAAACAGCGAUUGUCCUCCCGCACUAUAAGCUCCCGCUGUUUCUCGUGGUUGGCGCCAGUUGCGUGAAUUGGCUUCCAGUUCCCGCCGUUUGUUAUGUCCCUGGGUGUAGUGAUAUUGGUUUUACGACGCACACUUUUGCCAUAUUUUUGAUUACUCGGAGGCGGUGUAAAUAGAUUGGCUGAUGAUCGUAUAGCAGAAAAGGGAGCUUGGAAGAAAUGUUUGUAUGUAGUAAAUUUUAAUUUUACUGGUAAACGUCGAUUUUGAUUUACAGCAUUGCAAGAUAUACGUAGUAGAUCUUAGUACUGUGACACUCUGAGUAAACUGUUAGCAUCACAAGUGUUUAGGUCUUAAGGUAAAUUGCGUUGACUUAUCCCCAUAGAGAGAUACAGAAUUCAGUGUGAUGUGUUUCAAGGAAUGUGGCUUAUUCUGUGCGAGUUGUGCAAGCGGUUAGAAGCAUUUUACAAGAAGAGCAAGGUAAAGCGAGUGGUUUUUAGGGCUAGUCUUUGUACAUACACAAUCGAAGCACAAGUUUAAGUCCUUCUCGCGUUCGAUAUUUCACUGCUCGAUAUUUGGAUAUCGGACGAAACAUUACCUCCUCUUUAAUAAUUAUAUUAGGUCUAGUUGUUUGGAUACCAGUUGAAGCACUGCGUUAGGUGUUUGAUAUGUUACAUCUCAGUGUUGGCUGACAUAUAUACCACUUCUGGGGUUCUGAUUAUCAGAUAAAACAUUCGUCCUGUUUGAUUUAUUAGUUCUCAGUGUUUGGAGAUCAGAUGAAACACUCCGUCUCGUGUUUGAUAAUUCUCGGUGUUUGGAUAUCAGAUGAAACACUCCUUCUCGUGUUUGAUAUAUUAGUUAUCGGUGUUUGGACACCAGAUGAAACACUCCUCCUUGUGUUUGAUAUAUUUGUUAUCGGUGUUUGGAUAUCAGAUGACAUGCUCCUUUUUCGUGUUUGAUAUAUAAUACUUAUCGGUGUUUAGGUAUCAGAUGAAGCAGUGCGUCUCGUGUUUGAUAUAAUAUUACAUCUCGGUGUUUUUAAACAUCGAAUGAAGCACUGUAUCUCGUGUUUGGCAUGCUACUUCUCGAUGUUUGGACAUCAGAUGAAAUGCUCCCUCUCGCGUUGAUAUAUUACCAGUCGAUGUUCCGACAUCGGACGAAACACAGUGUCUCCUGUCUAAUCUAUCACGUGACCCUUUGCAGGACUCCGUACAGUUCCGAGCGUCGUUCAUGGGACCUUUACCUCUUCAGGAGUAUUACGAACUUAUAGAUGCACACUUCGAGGUACGACUUCAUCUUCUUGUUUUUUUCGAGUGAAGGUUGUCAUUGUUCUGGCCCCUGUAACUUUCUUUGUAUAAGAUGACUUGAGCUUAUUUUGUAAAAGGCCAUAUUCGUAUUUUUGGAAACUUCACGUGCAAUCCUUUGACUUUCCUUAAAGGGCUCCUUUGCGAAGGCACGAGGAGAUUUAAGGAGAGGUUAUAUUGAUUUUGUACAGUACUUUAUUUGCAGCAACGUCGUAAUCAGACAAAAUACCGCGAGCUGUUAGCACAGCGGGCUCAACAGUUCCGAACUAUUCAAAGAAGGCUAUUAACGCGGUUCAAAGACAAGACUCCGGCACCCCUUGCAAACCUCGAUACUCUGUUGGAUGGGACUUACAGACAGGUAACCAAAUUGAAAAAAAAAAUACUGGAGAAAGAUGUUUUGUCCUUCAGUGACACAGGCGGCUCGGAAGAAAAAGUACGAUUACUCCUUGUAUGAUUCGAAUCUGUGGCCUUCUGGGUACUAAUAUAAUCCAGAUGUUUUACCACAGAAGACUCGUUUGAGCUUAGUCCACUGAAGUAAAUACAAAAAAUACUUACUUCGUCGGCGAAAUAUUUUGAAGGGAUGACAAUUAAAUUUAUCCUGUGAAAAGCGUUGUCCACCCUUUUAACAAGUGAGGCCUGGUAACACCUUUGUUUUAGAGCUGUUCAGCUAUUGCGCGUGUUUGUCAAAAUAAGCUAAGUUAAAGGGCCUUUGCCACGCUAUUUGUUAUCUUUUCAAAAAGCUAAAACUUGUAUUGACAUCAAAUACAUUCAAAAGCUAAUGGUCCAAGUAUACGUUUCUGGGAAACUGCCUACGUACCCCUCCCCUAAACCAACAUUAACACUCACGUCUCACUUAGGGCAAAAUGUUGGCUUAGGGGAGGAGGUGGGCAGUUUCCCAGAAACCUACCCCUCCACUAAGCCAACAUGGAUCAUUAUACGUUUCUGGGAAACUGCCCACCUACCCCUUCCCCAAACCAACAUUAACACUCACGUCUUAGGGGAGGGGUAGGUUUCUGGGAAACUGCCCACCUACCCCUUCCCCAAACCAACAUUAACACUCACGUCUCACUUAGGGCAAAAUGUUGGCUUAGGGGAGGAGGUGGGCAGUUUCCCCGAAACCUACCCCUCCCCUAAACCAACAGGGAUCAUUAUACGUUUCUGGGAAACUGCCCACCUACCCCUCCACUAAGCCAACAUUUUGGCAGGGAUGGACAUUGAUAGGCUCGAUUUCCGCCGUCUCCCAGGUCCGGUUUUUGAUUCUCUCUGAAGAGAGACUCUCUCUCUCUCUUUCGGAGGGAUGAGUGCAGGCAGGAGCCGAUUACGGCGGCUGGUAAUCAAGCCUAGGACAUGGAUUGAAAUUUGAAAAAUUUGGCUUAAAUGCUAUGCCUGCAGAAAUUGCCAACUUUCUUUGAUACCUUUUUCAUAACUCUACAAUAGCAUUUUGUGUAUGGGUAAAGGGACUUGGUAAUAACCUCAGCACGGAAUUGACCUAAAACAGCAAUAUCCUCGUGGACAUACUGCGUUUAACUUAGAGCGUUAUUUGCCAGGAGACUGAGUAUAAAGUGCCUGUACUUAAUUCCCUCCCCAGCUUUUAGCGUUAGGAGAGGCUGAGGAGGACUGUGAACGAGCUAUUGAGGCGGCAGCUGCUAAUUUAUCUUGUGGGACACGACUUAUAAAUUUUCUGAUCAAGUAAGUUCUAUUUUGUCAGUAGUUUUCGACAUCUGGGGCUAACUGCAUGUCCUAAUCCAGAUUUUAUGGAACCUACCCUAAAACUACGAAAUCCAAAAUCAGAUUGCGCGUUUUGUUCAUUCUGCGCCUGGGCUUCAAUUCGUCUACUGUUUCUGUUCGGUGCGCGCACUAGCAAAGCGAGCUCUCGAGAACGACUUCCUUCCUUAUCCCCACUCCCAAAGGCUUGCGGUCAAUAAAUCCCCCCGGUUCAUAUUUUCAUACGUGCUCUCGAAGAUCUCUAAAGAGAAAAUAGAGGGUCUGUGAACAGGCUAAUUGUUACUACAGUAUUCUAAGAUUUACAGUUUUAAAGAUUUAAAAGUCGUUGACAUAUUCACAGCUGAACUUUUACUUAUAACAACUAGCAUCACAUAUCUUCGAAACGCUUAUAUUAUAUUUUAUAUUGUAUUUUUUUCUUUGAACUUCAUUAUGAAGCGAGUUUUAGUAGUUAAAAGAAGUAAUUAUCGGAGCACGUAAGAUUGAGUUGGGGCCUCUUAAGAGUAUUUCUGUUGGGAAAUCAGAUUUUUGAUGAGGAAAAUCAAAAUCUGAGCUUCGCAAAACAGUAAGGGUAAUAUAGCUUGCGCCACCAACGGAACUAAACUUCUGGUUUAGUUGUUCAAAAGGUAUAUAACACUAUCCACUGGAGAAAUCUCUAUCCGGUGAAUAGCGCAAUUGGUUACCCUAAUACUUAUCCGUUGGAUAGUGCUAUCCAACGUUUGAACAACUGGGGCCUGGUUGAGUUCGUCUGUAAAACGGCGCCGAAAUCCUUGUUUUGGGUACCCACCUGUGUAUCAUGAUUUGAGUACGCGCCAUGAAUGGCGUGUUAAAAAUCCCAUUGUCGAUUUGCCAAUCAGAUUGAAGAGAUAUUCGAAACGCACUUCCGGUCAUUCGUUGAGUGCGUCGGUGGCCCACAACAAGGUUAUCGGCGCUGCUUCCCAGACGUUACUAACAGGGGCUGGAUUACCCCUGCGACGUAGGCUAAGCGUAAUGAAGUCAAAUUCACGCGUUACAUUCAUAUUUUGCAGAUUAUGGACCAACAUGUCAGAUAAAGACUUCGAGGUUCUCCAGACCGCCCUCUCACCGGAGGUGUCGGAAUCAGAGGAACAGGUAUGUCCUUAUUAUUACUGCAUACAUAAUUUAUAAGUUUUCAAGUUUAUUGAUAUUGCUGUAUGGCAGGGGUAACUUGUCAAAACGCCUGAAAGUCGUCUCGUCCAAAGUUUUGUCGCCCGUAAUUUUGUUAGGUGUAAACAGUCAACGAAAUGAAGCUAAGAUGAUGAGACGUAACAAGCGCGAUAAAUGUGCGAUAUAUCUCGUUCUUUAAAGCCUCGAUGAGACUAGUCGGACCAGGAUCCGUAGUGGGGGAAAAGGCAAAAAAUGGGUUGAAACAGCGAAAAAAAAAAUGAAGCGAUGGACUGGGGAGGGAAAAGGGCGGCUGAUUUAUGCCGUUGCCCUAUAAAAAAACUCCGAGUGAUCGAACAAAAGGUUAGCUUGAGAAUGCUCUGCUGUUAAUAUUUCUUUUUUCUUGAUAAACUUGAACCGUUUCUACGAGUUCAGCUUUAAGAAAAUCAAUCAAAUGAAGCAAAUUUUUAAUUCAGAGUUCUUUCCCUUUUCGCUUCCUUCGGGCCAAUAAACUCUUUGCUAUCUAUAUCCAAAGUAAUCACCGAGAAAACGAUUUUUUUCUAUUUUUUGUUUUGUUGAUAGUCAUUCGUUUAUAGUUAAACUUUGCAGCAGUGCAAAAUAAUGUGCAUUUUCUAGUUUGGGGUAAUGAAUGACUUUCUUGUGUUGUUGUUGUUGUUGUUUUUGUUGUAGGGCUGGGAAGAGAUCACAGAUGCGGCCAUUACGCACCUACUGCGGACUUGUUUAGCCAAAAGUGCAAAGGACCAGGCCGGUUUGUGUAUACUCUUUUUUUUUGCCUCAGUUCAUUUAGGUUGUGUCCAUUGCAAGGCAACUAUUAACUUAACAGGGUUCUCUGUUUUUCAUUGUAUUGGUUGAGGGGGCGGGGGGGGGACAACUUUAUUAGUGUUGUUUCUUUUAUGUGUUGAUUAAUUUAUUGAUUGAUUAAUUGAUUGACUUACAACAAAUGAAAUAACUGCCCAAAGGCAAAGGCAAACGUUUAACAGAGAUGAAGACAAUGAAAAUAACUCGAUGGGAUUUGUUAAAAGUUGACCGAAUACAGUCAACUCUCUCUUAACGGAGACCUCGCUGAAGUGGAAACCUACAGUUGGUCCCUGCCUUCCUUUAGUCAAUUCUCUCUUAACUGACACACCGCUAAAACGUACACCUAGAGUUGGUCCCUGCCUUUCUUUACUCCUUUUAGUCGACUAUCAAUAAGACAGACAUCUCUCUAAGACGGAAACUUAGUGCCAGUCCCGUCUUAUGGAGGUGUCUGUUAAGAGAGAGUUGACUGUACAGUCAACUCUCUCUUUACGGACACCUCUAUAAGAUGGACACCUCGCUGAAAUGGACACCUAAAGUUGGUCCCUGCCUUUGUUUACUCCCUUCAUUUGACUCUCAAUAAGACGGACACAUAUUGCCGGUCCCAACGGUGUCUGUCUUAGAGGGAGUUGACAUUAUAUGCAAGUGGGUCUGUUAGAACGUAAUGCAAAACAUGUAGUCGAAAUUCUGGUGAAAAAGUAUUUGAGGGGGAUAGUUAUUGUGGAUGAGGGCUGGUGGUGCAAGUUAUUACGGGGAAAACUAGCUAAAGCCUCACCGAAGGUUGGUUUUAUUUCUUUGUGCACAGUGGGCGUGUCAGCCAUGAAGAUCCCAAAAGACACAAGCAAACUAAAGAAACACAUAGCACUGAUGUGCGAUAGACUCAACAAGGGAGGAAAGCUGGAUCUGUCAUCACACACUGGUGAACCCCCUGUACAACAACAGCAACAAAAGGCAGUCGCCCCCCUGGAACCUCUCAGUGAGAUGCAGGAGGAAGAAGAUGAGACAGGUUAGUACAGGGGGACUGUAAUUUGUCUUUCCACAAAACAACUGCGAGCUCUUACGAUCUAGUUUACUAAGUGCUCGUUCGUUCAAGGGACCAGUUACAUAAAAUCUAACGUCAGACAUCAGCAAUUACGUCCAAUGUCAAGAACCAGAAAUGGAAUUGGAAUUUGGAAGUGUCAGUUUUUGGGAAGAGGGGAAAAUCCUCUAUCCUCCGCUGAGAUUCCCGAUGGGUAUCCCAAUAAGCAUUAGCAAUAAUGGAAAAACAGAAAGCGCCCAGGGGACUAUGGGAAGAGGGAAAAGGUGGGAAAAGGCCUCCCUUCUCUGUUUCCCCUUCCCAUCGUGCCUCGCGGGCUCCUUCUUUUUCUUUCCCCCCAGCCUCUCCUCUUCGACACAAAGAGGCUUCUUCGGAGGAGAGAGGGGAAAACCAGCAGAAAAACACAUCGUCUGAGCAGGAAUGAAAAGUCGUAAUGACAGAUGGCGUUUACAUUCGGGAUCAAAACCCGGAGUACUUCAUAAAGAAGUCACGAUCGGUUUCCUUUCAAUUGGGAUACAAUUUUGUUGUAGCCAGCUUCGUUUUUGAAGAUUUGCUAAACUGAAUCUCUUCAGCAACAGCGAGGGAACAUCAGUCUGUCCUGUUCACCUUGGCCUCUGGGCUUCGGGCUGAGAAGACAAAGUGCAAAGUGACCCGGACGUAGGGAAAUGGGACCAAGGUGAAAACGAGGCUGCGGAUUCGUAUGGGUGCUUCUUUCUUGCCUCCUGUCGGAGUAGGGGAAGGUACACUUCUAGAAUAUCCCAGCCAUCAUUACAAUUAUUUUAACGAAUAGAGCUUGUUCACGUUACGCGCCAUCUUUGCUCUUGCUCAGGGACUGGUGGGAUCAGGAGCCCAUAACCCGGAGCGUGCAAAUUUCUUACUAUGUCGCGGCGUUUUCUUGGACUGGUUUGAUGCAUUUUGAUGCAUCUAAUAGCACGUUUUACCGCGAAAAUGGAAGCUCCGCACCGUUCAUGAGCGCAUUAUAAAUAUAAGAAGUGACAAAGGAAAACGAAACUUCAUUAAAAAAGUCAAAAAUGCCAUUCUUAGGGGUUUUAGUUUUGAUGACUGGUUUGUGAGACCUGAAAAAUAUUCUUUAUUCGCCCCAAAAUCGUUCUAAAAAUAAACUGGUUAGUGAAAACGCCAUGACACGAGCCCAUGGGAAUUGCUCGCUCCGGGUUAUGGGGUCCCAUGGGGUGAAAAUACCACGUGACAUUGCUUUUAUCCGAUCAAUCCUAAAGCGCGUGCAAAGAUGGUGGGUAUCGUGAAUGAGGUCUAUUACUGAAGUUUGUGAUGUGUUUCGGUAAUUUCCAGAUGGCUCGUCCUCCACUACAGAAGAGAACCGCUUAUCAGAACUGUCCGACACGGAAUCUUUGUCAAGUAGCGGCGGGAAACCUCCUUCUCGCUUACCACAGCUCAAUCACUCAAAGAAACCUCUCCCAGACUUGAACAAGAGACUCUUAGUGACGCCCGGUUCUGAAGAGGAAAGCAUGGUUCUUAAGGGAGUGGGAGCGGCGGCUUCAAUAACAAACGGGCUGCCCGAAGAUCACGAAAGAGCAUUGUAACGAAAUGCAUCACGCAAAUUGUCACGUAAUCCAUCAAUAAUCCGACCUCGUACGUCACUGUUCCUUUUUUACCUUAAAAGGUAACGAAAUUACUGUGGAUUAUCACCGAACGUAACGCAAUCAGAAGAUGAUCGUCACACGAUUCAACGGUUUACUACAGAUUCAAUCUUUUAGCAUGCUCAAUACGGUUUUUAACCGUACUGAAGUGUUUUAGAAUGACAUCUACCCACAUGUCAUGGACCAGUGGAGGCCUAGGACCUCUUCAGGUCGAUUCCAGGAUAAAUUAUGUAUAAUAUGUACAAAGUAUUAGCCUGAAAUUUUCUUUGUCGUAGUUAUGAACGUUUUUCAUCGUUUCUUAUUCGAUAUCCAGAAAUCAUUUUUCAUUGUUAAGUUAAAAAGGUAACAAUUAUGCUGAAUUCACACUCUUCCAUAGGAAAACUGAGCCACACUUUUAAUAUAGAAAAAUUCCCAGCCCGGCUACCAAGAUCCCGGUUGCUGUGCUUAAGUCAAGGUGACUGCCUCCUCCCGUCGCCCCCUCCCCCAUCGUUUUCUUUGUCGUUCUCAGUUCAGCUUUCGCGCGGCUGUAACUCUUGCUUUGAGAAACACAACAAAAACUGCCAACUUGUUGCAAACGAGUGCUGCAUUAGGCGUGCUGUCUUAAGCAAGAAGUUUCUGUAAAAA